AUGCUUUCCUAUAUUCUGAAGGCUAUAAAUAGUCAUCAAUUUUUGAUGCCUUGUCUAGAAACUUCUAUCACCUCUAGCAAUACUGGCAAUAAUUAUUGGUUGGAAGAAGCUCUAAGUGGCCCUACAACUCCUUUCAUCUGCAUUCAGUUUAUCAAAAGACUCUCUUCUGCAAUGUGUGUGGGGACUUGUACUCGGAUCUUGGGCCCAUGCCUCCUUAUCUUGGGCUUUCUUUCCAUUGCUGCUAAUAUUCUCCUGCUCUUUCCCAAUUGGGAGUGGUGUUACCUAAGCCUGGGCCAAAUAUCCAAGAGGGCAAUGCUAAUGCCAGGGGUAUGGGGAGGAGGUCUGCUGGUUUUUCCUGCUGCAAUUCAGAUCACAGGUAUUGGAUGGAGGUGGAAGUACUUCAGCAGCUCAGGAAUUCGCUGCAAGAUGUUUCUUUCCAUUCUGCUAUCAGGACUGGCCCUCCUGGGAUCAGCGGCUUGUUUUAUUUUGUCUGGUUCAGGCUUGACAGAGGGGCCGCUCUGUCUCUAUAAUUCCACCCUCAAUGAUAACAAGGUGCAACUGUGGGGCUACCCAUUUCUUGAAAUGGACUACCAUGUCUUCAACAAUGGGGUUCAGAAUUACCUGUAUGAUCCUUCCCUUUGGAAUUCAGUUUGCAUCAAGCCACAGAAUAUUGUUGGCUGGAAUGUGUAUUUCUUCUCUUCCCUCCUAGUCAUCAGCAUGGUUGAAAUGAUCCUGGCUGCUCUCCAAAUUAUCAAUGGCUGUUUUGGGUGUGUCUGUGGUUUAUGUGAACAGAAGAAAUAGGCAACUUUUGGAAGUGUUUUUAACCUUUGGAUCAUUUGUACAGAUCAGAUUACAAAGAUAUGUGAUAACUUUAUUUACAGUUAUAUCUUUCGUCACUCUGUUCAUGUAAGAACAGAGAAGAUGUUGACACCCGCCCCCCAAUAGUGAUCCCCCAUUACCAAUCCUCCAGGGUAUCACAGGAGAACUAAUAGAAUUAAUUUGUAGCAGUCACUAUCAGGCCAUAGAGACUGAAACUGCUGUUACUAUAGAUGUUCUCACAGAGCUAGAGAGCAAGGAAGCUGAUUUUGAUAUGAGUUUAUAAUUAGUAAUAUGGUAUUGUGGUGUAUAUUUAUACCAGAAGUGGGUUUCAAAUCCCGUCGCUACUGGUUUGCUCAUGGGUGCAGAAGCUUCUGUGCAUGCGCAGAAGUGUCCAGGUAGGUGGGCGGAGCCUCCCGCCACUGCCGCUACUAGUUCACCCAAACCGGGGAGAACGGUAGCAACCCACCACUGAUUUAUACACAUAUUUAUUUGUGUUUCUGUUUAUAAGAAACCCUUAACUGUUACGCUAAAUGUUUUUAAUCCUAAGAAUCCUUUUGUUUAUGUGAGUGAAUGAGACAUCAGCCAGAAAGUACUGUGAUUUUUCUGAGAUAUAGAAAGGAGGCCUGAAUGGAAAAUGCUCACUUCCAAUUCAGAUUAAGGCAGAUCCCUUGAUUUUAAGGUCUACUUUCUACCUCAUAGGUGGUCCCCAACCUCUAGAAGGCCAAACCUGGGGAACAACUUUGGCCUGAAUUCAUGUCAUUUUUGCCCAAAGUAGCAAAUGAAAAGAAGUGGUGACCAAGACCAUUAAUCUGAGAAAGGAUAGAAGUUUUGCUUUUUAAAACAGGAAUGGGCAACACAGAAUCCUCUAACUAUUUCAAGGAUUAAAACCCAAGCUGGACUAGCUAAUGCCAAACAUUGGGAGAGACAUAGUCCCAAAUAUCUUUUAUUAUGAAACAUGGUAGAAAAUUUCCCAAGGAAUCGAGGUCAGAAUAGUACAAUAUGUUAAACUUUCGUGUCUGAUAUUUGAAUAGUAUGUCCAUGUAUAUGUAUGUCCAUGCUUGGGAUAUGGGAAACUAAGCAGUACAUCUGUCAAUACUUUGAUGAAGCUGAGGGCUAAAUAGUCCCAGUUGCCAUUUCUUUUCUAAUCCUUUAUCUCUCUUCACCCCAUCACCCAAUAGCAAACUUAGAAACCACUGGGAAGCACAAAGAGUCAAAACUGGCAAGAGAGACUAUCGUGUUUUUCUUUCAUUUGAAUGCUUUAAAAAUACAGUUAAAAGACACCUUCAGAUGGUGCCUUGGCAGCACAUACUCCCUAAUCCUUCAGUAUUUUAUGUAUUUUAAAUGCUACUCUUCCAACACUGGCAGGAGCAUGUUUUUGUCAGAAAGAGAAAAGCAGCACUGGAAGCAUUACCCUUUUGUACUUGUGUGUGGUAUCACAACACACACACAAAAAGGGCUGGCUUGCAUCACAAUAUCAUGACACUGCUUCCAUCAUUCUGCCCCAAUCCCUCUUGCUGUGCCAGCUAUCCCUUCAGGCCUAGUGAAAUUGUACAGAAGUUAUCAGAUACUGUAACCAUAUUCAUAGCCUUCUAAAAUAUUUACUGGCACUGCAGUAGCCAAAAAGAAAUGCUGCUAGGGAGCAAGGAUGACCUAAAAUACUAGUGUAUUUUAACCUUGGCAGGUUAAAGAUACAGUUAGAGAUACAGUAUGGACAACUCCCAGAAUUCCUUAGCCAGCAAUGUUCUCUGGGGAAUUCUGGGAGUUGAGAUCAAUACAUCUGAAAACUGCCAAAGAUGAUAAAUAUUGGCCUACACUAUGUGAUCUUGGGUUUCAGCCACUCAGAGUCAUGUAUAUGAGAUAGCUACAUAAAUCUAACAAACAAUCCUUCCCCUAGAAGAGUAGAUUGAAAAGAACGUUGUUAUGUUUAAGAGAGAACGUUACUUUGAGCUGCACAAUCUAUUUCUCUUCUUUCAAGUUUUUCGAACUGCAUCAAAAGUGUUGCCCACAUUAUGAUCAGAUUUUGUUUUUAUUGUCUCCAUAAUAGCUCCUCUUAUUGAUGAAAACUGCU